AUGAAGUUCUUCAAUUCCCUCUUUAUCGUCUUUCUAUUCUCAGCUCUUGCGAGGGCUGACGCUGCGAGCCAUGGCGACGAUUGGUGCGAUUCGAAGACCCAAGACGCCAUCAACAUCAUCGUCAUCACAAUUAUUUUGUUCAUGAACAAGAAAGUUCAUCACAAGACUUCAACGGUGUCAGGAACUCACCCCGACACAGGAGAUGCCCCAGAAACACCAGAUGGACUCGUUUUCUAG